AGAACAUGGCGUGUGCGGAACCGUACGCGUGCGAUCGCACGCCAUUUAUGACCAAGACUGUAUUACGUAGUAUUUCGGUAGCGCCCACAAAUUAAUGACUUUCAUAACCAAAAACAAUUAAUAUACUGUCGCAACAUAGUUAAAAAAAAUCAACAUACUUUCCACAUCAAUCUCUGUAUGAAUGAUUUGUUAAAAAAAAAGAAAAUCAUAUACUAGCCGUGUAAGCAAUAAAACAAAAAAAAUAUAUAUUAGCAGCAGGUGUGCAUGAUUUCUUUUAUUUCAAAUUUAAAAGAAUUCAUUUCAACAAACAGGUUGUAAAAAUUACUGAUCUAUAACUUGUCGACCUAGGCGGGGUAUGAUACUCAAGUGAGCAUUGCCAACCUUGUUCUCAACAAUCCUUGGGGACUAGGUUGCCUAAGUUACUCAGUAGAUAGAUAUAUUUUUUAUUAAAAAACUAGUCGUUAGCCCAUGGAAAAAUCCACGGGUUUGUCCGUCCUUUUUAUACCGCAUUGGGUGCGUCUCGCUACUUGCGCAGCUAAGCUACCAUUUUGCAUGACAGACGUGUAUGGGUAUUUUAAUAUAGAUAUUAAAAAAUCAUUAAAAAAGAAUACUACUUUAAUUCAUCACACGAUACAGAAAGAGCAUGAAUUUACUGACUAAUUAAAGAUUGUUUUCAUGAUAUUGUUCCAAUAUGUAGCGCAAACAUCAAUGUAGUCUAGUAAGCUAAACUCAUCAUUUUUUCCCUUUUGCGAUAGCGCGCUAAAAUAAGCAGGGUUACAAAAGCAGGACAGACAUCGAAGCGUGAAAGCAGAAAAGAGAGACAGGUAUCCUGUCUAACAUCAAUGCUGCUCUGCACCUCCAUGAUUAGACCUUUUAAAAGCACACAUUAUGCAUUAAUGUCCAACGAAACCCUCAUAAUUCACCAUUUUUAGCGUCGACAAAUAACUGCUGUAGCUAUAUUCGCACUUAUUAAAAUCGAUUAGAAAAUCUUGUCACUGAAUUGAAGGACUCAUUGUCGGAGUUAUGCUUUAAAAACAUGAUUCAGCUAUCUAUGGAUGGUCCUAAGACAAACUGGAAGGUGCUCAAACUUUUAAACGAUCAACGUGUUGAAUCAGAGAUACCAAAGCUACUUAACAUAGGGAGCUGUGGUCUUCAUGUUAUUCAUGGUGCAUUCCGCACUGCCGUAGAAGCAACACCUUGGGAUAUCAAGAAGAUACUUAAAGCUAUGUGGCAAAUAUUUCACGACUCUCCAGCUAGAAGGGAUAUUUACAUCCGGGAAACCAAGUCUGAUGUAUUCCCGUUAAGAUUUUGCACCACAAGAUGGAUUGAGGACGAGGACGUAGCAGCAAGAGCAAUUGAAUUGUGGGACAAUGUUGUCAAAGUUAUGUCUUAUUGGGAGAGUCUCAGCAAAAGCAAACGGCCAAAGUGCAAAUCCUAUGAUGUUCUAUUGGCUGCUUAUAAGGACAAACUUAUGGUCACAAAGUUUACCUUUUUCAAGAAUAUUGCAACGACCCUGAAAUGUUACUUAGUUGCUUUCCAAUCAGAUAAUCCAAUGGUUCCUUUCUUGAGUGAUGUGCUUGAGGGAAUGACUAGAAAAAUCAUGAACCUUUUUAUUCAUAAGGAGGUUAUGACUGAAGCAAAUACUCCUCGUAAACUUAUUAACAUUGAUGUUGAGGAAGUCCAGAAUCGAUUGCCAGUUGACAUGGUGAACACAUGCAGAGCUGUAAAGGCUAUCUUGCGGUCAAAACAGAUGGGGCAAAACAUCAGUUCCGAAAAGAUUGUGUGGCUUUUCUAACUAAUCUGAUAUUGGAGCUACAAGAGAGAAGUCCUUUGAAGUAUCUUAUCGUUCGAUGCUCCUCCUCAUUAUCACCAGUCAAUAGGGUACAGAACCAACAGAAAGCUACAAGUCAGUUUAUAUCUCUGGCUGAAAAGCUUCAUCAGGUUGAUCAUGUGUUGCCUUCUGUGGGAGAUUGGGCAAAAGAAGAGCUUGAGAAAUUCUUGUCAUCGCUCGACGCACCUACUAAGGAAGAGUUUGUGCAAUUUGAUUUCAGCAAAUCAAGAGUGGAUGAAUUCCUAAAGCCGUAUUUCAAAGAUCAAAAAGCGUUAUGGGACAUCUGUAAAGUGAUCUUCACAUUAUCACACAGUCAAUCUGCUUUUGAACGGGGAUUUAGUAUCAAUAAAGAACUGUUGAUUGAGAACCUUCAAGGGAAAUGUGUUGUUAGCCAAAGAGUUGUAUAUGACCAACUACAAUCAAGACAAGAAAUCAAACAAAAGAAAAUCAAUAACAGACGAAAUCAACAAUGUUAAAAACCAUAAGAAAAGAUUAAUCUCAUCCAUCAAUGCACUGAACACGGAUAUUGAAAAACUCUGCUACAAAGCUGAGUUUAAGCAAAUGCUUUUAGAAGGAAGGUCACCGAAAAGAAAGCUAACAUAGCUGAACUAGAUAAAGCUGUGGAGAAGCUAACUAAGGAUCUUCAGAAAGAAAAGUAACGUCAAUGCUCACAGACUCUAUAUAUAUAGGAUAUUAGUUGAUAUUUGUUGUUUUUCUAGUCUAUUUUUUUCUAAAGUUCUGAUUUUUUAUGAAUAUUCUGUAUGAAUAAGUUCUUUAUAUUUUGACACGAUUUUGUUGUUUUUCAUCAUGUAGCAAAGUUGUUCUCUAAAUAAUGAAAUUUAUGGUUUGUUUGAUAAUUGAUUAAUUUAGGGGUUUAAUUUUUCUUAACGGUUUUGGUCAUGGAAAAGCCAGGGAAAAGUCAUGGAAAAGUCAUGGGAUUUCUUUUACCAAAUUUUGUGGCCACCCUGCAAGAAGAUCACGCGGCCAUCAAGGCGGCAAGAAAACAAAUGUUUAAAAAACGAUAUCUGGGGUUACAUGAACUUUUAACAAAAAAAUAAUAUGUGAUUCGGAAUUUUUUAUGAAAAUCUUUCAAGUAAGUCCAACUUGUAAAAGUACCUCAGGAUUCCUUUAAAAUUUUGUUUGUGUUUUUUUAUAUGUUUUGUACACGUUUUUUAUAAGGAAAACUUAACCUAAAAGAAACCUAUUGUUCUUGAAUUUCCUCUUAUUUCCACACGGUCACGGUUUCGAAUAAAAAGAACCCCCCCCCCCCCCCCGAUUCCCUUCGCCUGUGGCGGGUCAGAUAUGUUUCACUGUUAUACGGAAAUCUAAAAAUUCGGCUUUGAACAUAAAAUAUUUUGAUUUAUUCUGGUGGGUUCCUGCAUGGUUUGUGCUCGUUUCUGAUGGGUUCCUGCUUGGUUCCCUUUCCGUUCUGGUGGGUUCUGGUGAGUUCUGGUUGGUUCAUGUUAGGGAUUGUCUCAAAAUGUUUGUAUGUUCUUUUCGUAUAAUUAGACAAACACUAUUAAGUACUUCGUUUUGUAAAUGAAUGUCAUAUGAAGUGCGAGGUUUAAAAUAAAAAAUAUAAAUAAAGUUUAUACGAACUUAAACGACUUUUUUUAUCAUACAAAAUGAAAUGAUACGAACUUUGAGCAAAGUAAAUUGCUAUACGACCGUAAAACGAACUUCAAAAGUACCGGCGUAAUUGCACAUAAUUAUUUAAAUACGAAACCAGAAAAAAAAGUAAAUAAUCCCGUUUUCAUGAUUUUUAAACAAUCUACUGCAAACUUUUUGUUUUCUACGAUCCCAUUUUCAUGAAUUUUAAACGUUCCACAGCGAUCUUUUUGCUUUCUACAACCUGUUUUCAUGAUUUUUAAACUAUCUACGGCGACAUUUUCGCUUUCCACGAUGCUGUGGAGACGAUCCAUAAAGGCCUUAGAUAAUAAUUCUAAUUAAAAUAAACAAAGUUAGUAUAGCGAAACAAACUUAAAUUGUUGAAAAAUUUUUACUGUAAAGACUAUAGAUAAUAGUCCAAUUAUAGCUAAUAAACUUUAUACGAACUUGUAAUUUUGAUGAUACAA